AUGAAUAAAACUGAUCCAUUGUGUGUCCAGUUGUUAAAAAGUUUAAUUCUAUGCAGCGAAAAAGCUGCCGUAAUAGCCCGUACAAUUAAAAGACAAACUGGUAUCUUUCAAACACUUGUUCAAGUGAAAGAUUCAACUGAGGCUAAUUUAAGAUUCAGCGUAGAUGUCAAAACUUUGGCCGAUGUAUUAAUUCAAGAAGUUGUAAAGUACGACCUAAAUUUACUUUUUCCUGGAUUCAAUAAUUCGGUGUUUGGUGAAGAAAAUAAUCGUUUUUCUGGUAGUUCCGGUAAAACAGUGACAAUUCAACUAUCUUCUAGAGAAAAUCUCGCUGAUCUUUUAGUUGACGUUUUAGGCAACGAUUUAGAUUUUGCAAAUCAAUUAAGUGAAAUUUGUUUUCGACCGCUAGAAUCGUUUCAGACACAAUUUUCAGUGUGUAACAUUUGGGAAGAUUUGGUCUCCAAUUGUAAUUCACUAUUUAAAAUAACCGAUAUAAAAUAUUCUGAUAUUGGAACAUUUGGUGUAUGGAUCGAUCCAAUAGACUCAACAGCUGAUUAUGCUCAAGAUCAAUUUGAUAAAUUUCAUUUUACUUCAACUAAUUCAUCAUCUACUCAUUUAUCUGGUAUAGAAUUAGAUAAUCUAAAUCAAAUUAAUCAUUUUUUUGAUAAUCCAACAAGUUUAAUACGUUUCUAUCAUGGUAGUCUUAUUAAUGUUACAAUUUUAUUAGGUUUAUUUGAUUAUUCAAAUGGUUUACCAUUAAUUGGUGUUAUAAAUCAACCAUUCUAUUUAAAUAAUAUUAUCAAUUCACAUAAUAAUGAUAAUCAUCUAUUGAAUGAUCAAACAAAGUUGUAUAUCAAUAAUGCAUGUUACAUAGCAAUCAAGAAGAGGAAUACAACAUACAGAUUUCAUUCUAUUCAACACUGUUGAUAUUUAGAACUAAAUUUUGAUCGGCUAUCGUUACUAUAUGUGUAUUAUGUGCGGAUCACCUUGAUAUGUGUUAAGUUGAACAGAUGGAUCAUGGUUAGCAGUGGAAUCU